AUGGUCCACGUGGCAACCGGAGCGCUCUUUUUGCUCGUCUGCUCAACUUCGCCGACGUUCGGCUCGAUUUCGACCGCCAUAUUGAAGGUAGCGCUUUUUUUUUGGAAAUCUCCGCUCAAUUUGACACCCGCGAGCGUGGGUCCCGACACGAUUUUUUUUGUUGCGCGCGUGGCCGAACGACCGUCGGCACCAGGGGUGUGCGGAAAAUAUUUCGAUUUUCCGAAAUUUUCCGAUUUUCCGAGAAAUUUUCCGAAAAUGUUCGGCAAAAUUUUCGGAAAAUUAGUGUGGAUUCAGGGUCAAUUUGUCCGAAACCACCGUAUGCUUUUUAAAGGCGCAUCGCAAAAUUUUUGGAAGGGUCUAGCAGCGAGCGUCUUUUUACCGAAAAAUUUCUCGGAAAAAUCGGAAAAAUUUCGGAAAAAUCGAAAUAUUUUUCCGCACACCCCUGAUUCUCACUGACAAUCGGAAAACACUGGACCCGGAGAGCUUCUCUCGGCUAAUUUUUUUACAAAAAAAUAUUCCAUUGCUUGGCUUCCGCCCACUCAAGUGAUUUCAAAUCAUAAUAAGCAUUUUUUUGUAUUAGAACGUUGUUUAAACACUUUAUUGAACCAAUGAACAAGUGAGUUUUCCGAUUUUUCCGAUUUUUCCGAAAUUUUCCGAAAAAAAAAAUUCGGAAAACCCGAUUUUCCGAAAUUUUCCGAAAAAAAAAAUUCGGAAAAACCGAUUUUCCGAAAUUUUCCGAAAAAAAUUUUCCGCACACCCCUGGUCGGCACGGCCAUCAAUCCGCGCACCGGCGUUCACGUUUUUCAGCCCGGCGACUCAUUUCUCAUUCGUGACGGCGAAAAUGCGGGCGCGCUGGCUCGAGACGUGAAAUCCGGCCAUCAGAAAAUGGAAUUGCACGGGAGGAACAAGGGAAAAUGGGUGGACGAGGUGGGAAAAAGUUCGGCCAUGGCCUAGAAACGCAAGGAAAAAGCCAAUUUUUAGGCCGGAAAAACUGUCGACUCGUCGAACUUCAAACUUUUCCAUAAUGGCUCCGUUUUGCUCGUGUCCGCCUCGGCAGCCGACGCUGGAACCUAUCAAAAGGAGCCGAAUGUACCGAAACUCUUUGUGGGCCUAAAAAACAAUUUCUUUAAACAAUUUCAGCCAAUUAUCCGAAUCGGAGACAUGGGUUACGCACCGCCAAUCCUCAUCGUCCAAGUCAAAUAG